AUGGAGCGAACCCAAUCACUCCCGCCUCCGGAGCUGCCGCAACUGGUGGCCGAGCAGCAUGCCCCCAUCCCACCAACCGACAAGGACUCGAAGCGAUUGAUUGUUGUCCUGUCCAAUGCAAGCCUCGAAACCUACAAGGCGUCGCACGGCGGAGUCAGCCGCAUGGGUGUCCAGAGGGAGGAGAAGUACUCGUUACUCAACAGCGACGAGCACAUCGGCGUCAUGCGAAAGAUGAACCGAGACAUUAGCGACGCGCGCCCGGACAUCACACACCAGUGCCUCCUCACUCUUCUUGAUUCCCCGAUAAACAAGGCCGGAAAAUUGCAGAUCUACAUCCAGACUGCCAAGGGCGUGCUCAUCGAGGUCUCGCCCUCGGUCCGCAUUCCCCGGACAUUCAAGCGCUUUGCAGGCCUGAUGGUGCAGCUCCUCCACCGCCUCUCGAUCAAGGGAACCAACUCGCAGGAAAAACUCUUGAAAGUGAUUCAAAACCCCAUCACCGAUCAUCUGCCUCCCAACUGCCGGAAGAUCACGCUCAGCUUUGACGCGCCGAUGGUGCGCGUGCGCGAUUACAUCGACACUCUCGGAACGAAUGAGAGCAUCUGCGUCUUCGUGGGUGCCAUGGCGAAGGGCGCGGACAAUUUCGCCGACGCCUACGUGGACGAAAAGAUCUCCAUCAGUAACUUCAGCCUGUCGGCAAGCGUUGCCUGCAGCAAGUUCUGCCAUGCCGCCGAGGAUAGCUGGGACAUCCUCUAA